CCAGUCCGGACGCUCUUUAGGAUGAAGUCUUCUGGAAUCCUGAGCAUCUUUGUGCUAUUCCUCCUCUUUGCCAAUGUCCAGGGGCCUGGUCUAAGUGAUCGGUUCUUCUCCAACAAAUGCCCCCAAGUCAGAGAGAACUGCGAAUACAAGGAAAGGGACCUGUGCACGAAGGACAAGCAAUGUCAGAACAACAUGAAGUGCUGCGUCUUCAGCUGUGGGAAGAAAUGUUUGGAUCUCCAACAAGAUGUAUGCACACUUCCAAAGGAUUCCGGUCCCUGCAUGGCUCUUUUUCAUCGGUGGUACUACAGUAGUGAAAAUAAUACCUGCUACAGCUUCGUCUAUGGUGGUUGCCGGGGAAACAAUAACAACUUCCAAACCAAAAGCAUCUGCCAGAAUACCUGCCAAAAACAACGCACCCCUUCCUGAAUGGAGAAGUAUUCACUGGAACCACCAGGGUUUG